UCUUCACACACAAGCUCCAUCAAGCACUCCCCCCGAUCCCGUACAAUCAUGACAGAAGACGACGACCGACCUACGAUCACCACCACAUCUCCGCCUCCUUCGGCAGCGUCCCAAUCGUCGAACGAAGGACCGUCCACGCCCGCGUCGCCGUCGCCGUCGAUAUCCAUCACCGGUCCGUCGGCCGACGAAGAAAGCAAGGGGGCGACACCUGAAGCGCCACAGCAUGUCGCCUCGCCGCCGCCGUUCGCCAUCUCGUUGGCCGAUAUCACAACCAAGGCGGUGGAAUUCUUGUCGACCGCGUCGUCCGAACAGUUAAUCGCCGUGUCCAUUGGCGGCGUGGCUGUGUUGUACAUUGUCCUUGGGAAGCUUGGAUUGCUGUUUGUCGGCAUCGUCGCCGGCGCGGUCGGACAUGCCAGCUUGAGCUUGAAGCAUGCAAAGAAGGAGGGAAGCGUGUUCAGUCUAGAUCUACACGACUGGUGGGAUGCGCGGAAAGCUGCCGCCGGCGAAAACGAAGAGGAGGGGAAUGGGGUGGUGGUCACGAAGACGACGAGAAUGGAUUUUUCGUCGCUCCCUCCAGAAACAGCAAAAGCAAUGGAAGAGUUCGCGGAUGCGGUUGUACGAGAUUACGUUCGAUGGUGGUAUACUCCCAUCCUCCCCAACGACGACAAUUUUCCCAACUCGGUCCGCAAUGUUCUCGUUAGCUCGCUUCUCACAAUGUACAAUCGCAUCGCCGGCAAGCGCGGCGCGGAUACGUUCCUAUUAUUCCUGAUGUCGGCGAGUAAUACGUUUAUUGUCUUCCUCCGCGAGCUGGCUGAAGCGCAGUCAUCCACGGUUAGGACCUAUCUAGCAAACACUCCCGGAUCGGCGCUAGCACAAAUGCUUGAUCGCGAUCUGCAGAAACGAAAGUUGCGUAUGGCAGCCGACGAUGUGCUGCGGAGUUUCGUCGGCAAAGAUGUCCUGCAGUGCGAGCCUGUGCGAGUUUUCCUGACAGAAAUAUUGGCUGGACUGGUGCUCGAGAUGACAGUGGAUAAAUGUUCACAACCGGAUUGGAUCAACAACUGGCUUGUCUACCUCCUCGAGGAAGAGACGCAACCAGAGGUUCUCCAGAAGAUCGAUAUUGGCGAAGCCACCGCCGCCGCCAGCCAGAGCAGUCAAAUAGACAAGUCGAAGAGGGUCAGCCGGGCAGAGGAGGAGAUGUCAAAAGCCUUGGAGGAGGCAAAGGAGAUGAACCGGAUGAUCGUGGAAGAGGAGCGCGAACGGAAGCGACCAAGUGGAGAAAUGAGCGACAACGAGCGGGUAAACGGGAACGAGAACAGUGCGGAAGGAUAUAUCGAUGAGUACAGUGCAAAUGCGGAGGACGGCUGGGGCCCAGUGGAACCCGUGCCUGCACCUACACCAGCUCCACGGUCUCGGCGAUCCACCAGAGACUCUUUCACAUCAAAUGACCAGUUUGGAUACAAUCCGAAUACACUCCACCGAGCUCACAUCUCCCUCUCGAAUCUUUCCCAGCCUCCAGUUGCCAACCCGUAUUCGAUGAACCCAAACGAAAAGUCACUACAGGCUAAACCAACAACAGCCGAAUAUCUGCUGGAGAUCGAACCUGCGUCUCCAUCGAUGCCGGGCUGGGUAGUGGUACGGAAGUUCCCCGACUUCGAGGAACUCCACGAGGUGCUCAAACGUAUCGCUGCGAUCAGUGGAGCCGACACAUUCCGGAGACACCAUGCCGAGUUGCCGACCUGGCGUGGAGAAACACUUGGUACGCUACGACUCAACUUGGAGGGAUAUUUGAAUGACGCUCUUCACGAGCGUGGAAUGGCAGAAUGUGAGGGCAUGAAGAGAUUUUUGGAGAAAGACGCCAGUGCGACUCCGGGGAAGACUGGUUUCGGCAUCGGCAAGGGUUGGCCCAAUCCCGCUGCGUUCGCAAAGAUGGGCCAGGGAGCACUCAACGUACUGUCCAAAGCGCCCCAGGGAGUCGCGGAGGGGGGAAAGGGCCUGUUUGGUGGGAUGAAGAAGGCAUUCGCCGUUGCAAAUCGGGACGAUGGGGGUUCGGCACCACCGGCCAACUUGAAGAGACAGCCGACCGAUCCUUUCGGGGAGCUCACGUUCGAUUACCCGCAAUCACGAUCGCGGGCCGCUUCGGUCAUGGAAGAACCUCGCAGAAAUGGCUAUACAGCGCCUUCCUCCCGAGCAUCCUCCGUGCACCCAUCCGAUUCGCGGCGGUCAGCCAGCAUCCGUGAGAGGGCAACCAGCUUCCGUGACAGCUCGGGCUACGUUCAGCUCCAGCUCCCCGCCUCGGAGGAAGGCGACAGCAUUUCUGUAAUGUCUCUUCCUCCGCCUCCAUGUGACAUGCCCGAUGACUUCGACGGCCUCAAGCCCGGCACUCCCUUCCCGCCAAUCCCGGAGUCUGAUUCGACGUCACCACCACCGGCGCACACACCACCUUCUCCACGUCCACAAGAAAAGAAAUCGGUGGAACCCCUAACCACCCAGGAAACGCAGUUCAUCGUCGACAUCGUCUUUGCCGUCUUGUCCGAGCUAUACACGCUUUCAUCAGCCUGGACUCUACGGCGCUCGCUUCUGAACGUCGCAAAGUCCAUCCUCCUGCGCCCCGGUAACGCAUCCCUCGAGAACAUCAGGGUCAUAAUACAAGAGACCGUGAUCGACGCCAACACCUCUGACGAGGCGGUCGCCGCGCUCAUCCGCCAGAUCCGCGAGAACGUCUUUCCCACACCUGAGGAGACUGCCAAGUGGGUUGACAAGGGCUUCAAGGGCGCAGAGCUCAGGGAGAAGGCGAGGAGGCUCCUGAUGCAGCGGGGUGUGCCCGAGGCUCUGCGGAGCGUUAUGGGCGCCGUUGCCAGCGAGGAGGCGUUGGCGGGUGUGUUCGACGCUCUGCAGAUGAACGGGAUGGCGAGGGGAGUCGUCGGUGGCGUCAUGCUGGAGGGAGUGAGGGGUGUUUGUCAAUAGAUGCUUACACUUUUUUUGGGAGUUGGUGAAUAAGUUACUUGGUAUGUCGGCUGUAUUGUAUGGCUUGCGUGUCUGUGCUUGGUUCUUGGUUCUUGAGUGUUUUGUACAUUGCGAUUAGCGUCUUUGGGAUUCACUUACAUUCGUCAUACAUAUCAUACCUCUUAAGUACAUGGCUAGAUAGAUGAGGCUCUUUGCUUCCGAUUGUUUACGAAUUGACGGCAGUGUUUGGGUAUCAGAACUAGGACGGGCCGUAACUAGUAUUUGCUCGGUGAUCGGGCUUUCGUCAGAUAUGUUGGAUGUGUAACUAAAACAUACUUUUCAUAUGUGAGGCGAUGCAGUCAUUUAGUUCAGCUAGAAACGUG